AUGCUCAAUAUUUUGCACACGACCCUCGUCCCUCAAGCGAAUUGGCGGAAGACACAGCCUCCCAGUCGCUCUCAUUGGAUCUAAGCUAGACUUGAUUAUCCAGCAGAAUCAUGGAAAAAAACAAAGGGUAUAGCAUUGCUAUAGUCUCAACACUCAUGGUCUGGACUGUAGUGGAAUACGUGGCUUCAAACUAUUAUUCUCAAUUGGACACGAAUGAUUUCAUUGUACCAGCAAAAAAACAAGUAGACUUUAGCGAGUCAGCUGAGAGCCCUGGAUGCCCGGAUGUAAAUACAGGUAUGAUGAGAGGAAGAUGGAGGAAGCGAACUCUGACUGCACAAGAAAGAGUAAACAUUGACACAUUUCUGAAGUCAGUCAGAUAUCGCGUGCCAAAGCCAAUGCAGAGACGCGACGGAAAAUGUGGAAACGUGGCCUAUGAAAAUGUUUACUACAUUCGUGCACUGUGUAACCCAGAAGGUGCGACGCCAUGUUGCUAUGUCAAUAGGUGUAGAAACAAGAGCCCGAAUGACUGUAAAUGUCCGAACUGUUACGACCUUCGGAACGAGAUUCAUGCAGAGUAUUCAACAUGGGAGCCUGAAGAUUCCCGAUGUCAGGUGAAGAACUUCACGGCUCAGCAGGCGUGUGAUCUUCUACAGGGUCUGAAAAUAGCUGUUAUUGGGAAUUCAUUCAUGCGCCACCUGUACACAGCUCUCCUGCUACUGCUGAACAACUAUGACAGUAAAAGGGUCUUCAGAGCUGGUAAACCAGGAGAUAUCUCUUGCGACGGAAUGUACACAUUCUCGGGCAAAGCAUGUCAAUCAAAGCUUAUCAGAACAGCAACCCUCUGUAAUGGUACGUUGAAUGUGGAAGUAUCUGUAAUACCUCGUGCCUCAGAGGCGAAACAGUUCCAUGAGAAGUUUCGUUCGUUUCUUCAUCGAAAAAACACAGUGAUUCUAGUUGGCAUUGGAAUCCACGAUCAUUUUAACUUUGACUUAGUGUUUAAUGAAUAUAUAUAUCCCGUUAUAGAUAUGAUCAGAAAGAGGAAAGCUUCAUGGCCCAAGCUGAUUUGGUUUGCCACUCACAAAUUUGGUAUCAUGAAAUCUCCAAAGAUGCCAAAACAAGAAAACAGCCAUGUAGCAGCCUUUAACAAACGCAUGUCUGCGGCGUUAGGGAAAUAUCAUAUACCCAUAUUCGACACAUAUAAUCUAACUUCCGGUGUGAUGAGCAUGGAUGGGGCUCAUUUUGGAAUUGGUGUAAAUUCCAUGAAAGUACAGUUGCUUCUGAACUAUUUGUUGGAACUGAAAUCAAAACUACAUUGGUGAACCAAAAUUGAAACCGCUGUUUCAUUUUAACACAUUUGCACAAUAACUGGUGUGUGUUAAAUUGAUUUUAUGAGUAUUUAUACGUAAAAGCGUCAGUAUAUUCAAAGAAUCAUGCGUUUUGAGUUGUGUUUAGAUGCUGUUUCCAUCGUAACAGAACUGAUUCAAGAAAAGAGAAGUGAGAGUUUGUGUUAUUUGUAAAAUGAACUGUAGACAAGAAAAAUGACAUUUCAUUUUGAACUGUAAUGAUGAGCCGAGAACCUACAUAUUAUAUCACAGCUACUUAAUACACACUUAGUCUAGUAAUAUCGUCCGCUAACGAAUUCGCUGUCACCAUCUAUCUAUGUCCUUGUGUACAACGAUGUGUACAGGAACAAGUUGGCACCUAUUGUAAGUUGGCAAAUUGGCAAGUUGGCACUCGAUUGCUGUAGAAUCAUGGAUUCGCAAUGAUGAAUGAAUAAAGUACAUUAAAUGCA